GGAUGGGAAGCAUGUACUACUCUCAAACUGACUGACAGUUCUUGAAACAGUAACACUGGCCAACAUUUAAAUGUUUAACUUUAUCAUUUAAAGACUUCAUAUUAUUCAUUUAUUCUGUGUUUUCCUGUUUUAACUUGCUGCUGACACACCCAAUUGUAAACUAAAAGGUAGAUUCUCUAUGAUUUCACUCCUCCAAAGGACUGCAUUCAUAGAGUUGGCUUAUAGAUCAUGCUGAAUUAUUUAUGAGGUCACACUCAGGACAGAUGGCCAAAUGUUUGAACUCAGAGGCCACUUAUUAAAGUUUCAUGACUUAGCUCUUUUUGGCUUCAAGCCGAAGACAAUCAAGCCCUAUUUUUAGUUGCAUUGUCUUUUGCUUUGCCAUCACCAUGAUAUUUACAGUUUAUAGCACGUCUCAUCUAAGUGCUGUUUAAUUACAUUUGGUUAAGUUUUAUGCAUUUAUGCAUACAUGGUAUUCAUCAGCAAAUCUGUGGAUAUUUGUUUUUUGUAAUACAAUAUAUUACAAUUGCAAAUGUUGCUAUGUUGCAUGUUGAAAGGAACUGUAUACAGGUGUUUGACAAUAUUCUCCUGACUCUCCUCCUGCAUGUGCUGGACUGCUAUGUAUUGGCAUGUUAUGCAUUGAAGAAGGCUUUUCCAUUUCUGUUCUGCUAAGCUAACAACAUGGCCUUCAGGGGAAAUAGGAGGUCUGUCCAAGGAUCAGAAGAUCACAGCUGCAGUCCAACCAUCCAACAAAGAUGAAGAAAAAAGCCUACAAAUGAGUACACCUCCUGAAGGCAAAGUUCGCCGCAGUUUUGUCAGCUUACCUGCUCUGAACCCAGAGAGACUGAAGACAGCUAAAAACCUUGUGGACAAAGCUGUCAGGAUGCAUAAGGUAUUCUCUGUCCAAGGCCCCUACCCUGUCAUCAGGGCAUCGUUGAAGGCUAGAGGCUGGGUUGAGCAGCGUAUGCCCCGCCCAAACCACCAUGCUCACCAGCGUCACAUCGAUGAGGGGAGAGCCAGCUCUAAUGAUGGUGGUGACACCGAUGACGAUGAAGAUAACUCGGACACUGUUGAAAAAGAGCAGGAUCCAGAUGGACUAUAUGACCUCAUGUCUCGCCUGGUGCGCAAUGAAAUGGUUUAUUUCUAUUGGACAAACCGCAGAGACGCAAUCAACAACAACAGCCUUCAAAAAGAACAGAUUAUCAAUCAUUUUGCAAAAGCAGGAAGCUUCACCACCAAGGUGGGGUUGUGUGUGAAUCUGAGGAACCUGCACUGGUUUGACUCAGCUGACCCAAACACCUUCUUCCCUCGCUGUUACAGACUAGGGGCACAGGAUGAGAAACAUACUUUCAUUGAGGACUACCGAAGGACAGCCUGCACCAGUUUUUUGAAGUACAUUGUGGAGAGGGAUCAGGGUGUUCUGGUAGAAGGAACCAGCCAUCACACUGGGGCUGUGAGGAAACGAAGCAAACGGCGAUCUAGACCAGUGGUUCUCUCCCAAAUGAUUAACAGCGCACUCAAAGUAUGCCAGGAAUUCCUGGAGAGUCUGGAGCAUAGGGACAUAGACAUAAACUUGGAGACACCACAAACACUUACAGAGGAUGAGUGGGCAGAGUUUAUCAACAGUUACUACCUUGUUGUUCAUGGAGGAGCAAAGAUGGAGGACAGUGAUCAUUAUGUGGCCUGCUGCAAAGACAUGCUACAGAGGAUGGGUGAGGUCAGUCCACAGCUGGACAUAGACGGCAUACACAACAUCUGGAUCAUAAAACCCGGAGCUAAGUCCAGGGGCAGAGGUAUCAAAUGCACCAAGCGUCUGGAUCAGAUCCUCAGGCUGGUGGACGGUGAUCCAAACCUAAUCAAGGAAAGCAAGUGGGUGGUACAGAAGUACCUGGAGCGUCCCUUGCUUGUCCACGGCACCAAAUUUGACGUGCGCCAGUGGUUCCUGGUCACCGACUGGAACCCUCUGACCGUGUGGUUCUAUAAAAAGUGCUACUUGCGCUUCUCCACACAGCCUUACUCGCUGGAUACACUGGAUAGUUCUGUCCACCUCUGCAAUAACUCCAUCCAGAAGCACCUGACUCCCUCCAUACAACGCCACCGUGGUAUCCCAGCAGACAACAUGUGGUCGGAUGACCAGUUCAGGACAUUUCUGUUCAGCCAGGGUCGGGAAGGUCAGUGGCAGACAGUGGUCAUCCCCGGGAUGAAGAAGGCUUUGAUCCACGCAUUACAGACAGCACAGGAUCUGAUGGAUUCACGUAAAAACACAUUUGAGCUCUACGGUGCUGACUUCAUGUUAGGUCAAGACCUGCGUCCAUGGCUAAUAGAACUGAAUGUCAGUCCCACUAUGGCUCCCUCCACCCCUGUGACAGCCCGCCUCUGUGCUGCUGUGCAGGAAGACACAUUACGAGUCGUCCUGGACAGACGAACAGACCGCACUGCAAACACUGGAGACUUUCAGCUCAUUUAUAGACAGGCAGCAGUAGAUGUGCCACAAUAUGUAGGAGUCAACCUACUUGUUGAGGGCUUCAAGAUCAGAUGCCCCUGCCCGCUCCCUCCACUGAGGUCCUCCAACCGUUCAGCAACAAAGCGACGCGGCCCCACCAAGGAGAAGGAACCUGCAACAGAGAGGGUAAAGCCUCUGCCAAAGAUGUUGUUGAAGAAUGCAGAGACUCAACUCAAAAACAUCAGCAGUGGGGUUCCACCGCCUCCUCUUCGCCCUGAUCCGCCUGUGUCUGUUCCCAUUGAAAGCUUUGAACUUCACCUGCCAAUGACUGUGAAGUCCAUCCACCUGCCCAUGAGUGCCCAGCCUCACUCUGUACUUUUGUGGAAGAGGAGACCAGAGGUGUCAAAAGUCUGCGCAGAGAGAGUCCAACCCUGUACUGUAGAGAAAGACCAAAGGCCUUCUUUGUCUUUGGAGAUUACCGGUCCAAAACAGACCAGGCAAGCAGCCACCAGCACCCUGAGUGCAUAAAAAACAACAAUUAAAUGUUGAUUAAAUUCAUUCUUUCACAUACACCUGUUGCUUAAUUUUUCUUUUUGCAGGGUUUUUUGGCCUACCUCAUAAUAAAGUCAGAAUUUAAUAGA